CCGCUGCGCCACAGAGGCGCGAAAUCUCUCUUGUUCUUCGCCGUCGCGUCACUUACGCUCGUCGUCGUGCAAGACGACAUGGACGACCGCUCCGACAUUCUCGGCGGGCAACUGCAUGUUGCCCGUCCCGAGCCACUCUUUGCACUCUCUGGCCCUACCUUCUCCGGUACAAUAUUCUAUACAUUCCUUCUCCUCGCUGUCGUCGCUGGUCUUUAUUCGCUCACACCGCAUUACCGCCAAUAUCAAGAGCAUCGGCACCGCACGGCUAUGCGGAGAAGACAUGGCAUCCCAGACAGCGAUCAUCGGCCUUUCAACGUGGCAUACGCCUCAGUGAAGCGGGCCCACAGGGAGCGCGAGAUGGUGGAAAAGGGAAAGUCGAAGCGGGGGAUUCGACUACCCCCUGGUGUCACGAGUGCUGCUAUAAGCAGACAGGGUUCUUCUGGUCCAGGUCAGGCCCUUCGACAGAGGCAAAUGACAGGUGUUUCUUUGCAAGUCACGCAAUCUCAGGCUGCUGAAGAAGAGGUUGUUUCAUUACCGUCAGGCGACACCGAGUCUCGUCGUGCACCUGGUCAAGCCACCACCGCGAGCGAAUCCGACUUCCACAUGCCUGGUGCGCCUCAAGAAAACACCCAUGAAAAGCUCGCACCGGCGAGUAGCAAACAGACACUCUACGCACCGGCGUUCGCGCGCAGCGGUCCCGCAAAUGGCAAGCACACCCGAGACGAGGAGGCAGUAGACUUUGAGGAAGAGCAAGAUGUUAAGACGUCUCGUAUGGAACGUUUGGAUGGUACCGACGAGGACACACAGUGGGAAGGUGACGUUGAUGACGACAUGGAGGUCGAUGAACCGUCUCUUGUACAGCGUAGGCGAGGCACAAAGCGCCUAGCAAGCCUCGAGGAGGACGAAGGCUUUGAAUCUUCGAAAGCGAUCGGCAGAGAUAAAAGGGCUCGUAAGCUGGUGCACCAAGAGGCUAAGGCUAUGCGUGGCAAGAAACGCGAUCGCGCGGAGGCUGGCUCAACGUUCGAUGGGGAUAACUCUUCUGCUGAGGACGAAAACGAAGACAAGCACAGGUCGAACAGGCGUCGCCGUCUGGCUCAAAAGAAGUCUUUGGCAAAUGUUCGUGGUCGGAAGCGCGUGCGCGAGCCGGAGGUGGAUAGCGAUGACGACGACUCGGAUUCACUCUCGAGGCGCAGUGCCCGGCACAAACGUGGCAGACGAUCUCCUAAGGAAGGUGACUUCUUGUCGGAUGAUGGCAUGAUCUCCCACGAUCCUCUGUGCAGGGGACGGCGCAUCGGCGAGGAAUGGGAGUCGAACGGUGUCAAGUACAAAGUUGGUCCCAACGGCCAAAGGCUCAGGCAAGCGUUGGUCAAGAAGUCUCGCUCCCGUUUCCCAAUGCCCAAGGACUCUGAGCAUCCUGAUCGCAAGGUUAACGUCGACGUUUACGUAGAGGUCUGGUUGUCCGAGGAAGAAUAUCAGAUCGCGAAAGAGCACAACGAACUUGCUUGGCAGUCUCCUUCCGCCGCUGUUACUGAGCUGCUUGAAGUGCCCGUGAGUCCUCU